UUUCAGUGGUUGAACCUAACUAAGGACUCCGUGAAAAUGUCAGCGCCGACGCCCUAGUGUUUGUACGUUUGCCGAAAGAACCAACGUUUCAAAAGUGCGAGUGAAAUAACAUUUUCGGUUUGAGCGACACCGGGUGAGGAAGUCGUGAACAGAACAUGGAACGAUAAACUGAUAAAUAUUAGAAAUUUGGUGCUUCGAAAGGAUAUGUGUCAGAGGUUAACAUGUUUAUUAAACGUGCAACAUAACGCAAUAUUAUAUUUUAUUCGCUACUUUUUAAACUGUAAGAAUGGGAAACUCGCAGACAUCCCAGUCAUCCCUUGAUAACACGCCUUCCAUGCGAAAAAGACUUUCUGGCGUUGACAACAUCAAAAUGCCCAUGCCGGAACCGAACGAAUUAGAAAGGCGUUUCACAAUAGUUUUGGCAUCCAUGGAUCUUCCACCAGACAAGGCCAAACUCCUGAAACAAUAUGAUGAUGAAAAGAAAUGGGACAUGAUCUGUGACCAAGAGAAAGUGAUGGCUAAGGAGUCUCCAUCAUUCUACCUUAUGAGGCUAAAAACAUAUUUGGAUCCAAAAUCUUCCAAAAGUUCCCGAAAGAGAAAAUUUCUUGGGGAUUCCUCAUCAACACAAGUUCUCCGAGAUCUUGAGAUCUCUUUACGGACCAAUCAUAUAGAGUGGGUUCGAGAAUUUCUAAAUGAAGAAAACAAGGGGUUGGAUAUUCUUGUGGACUAUUUAGCAUUUAGACUCACAAUUCUUAGGCAUGAACAAACUUUACAAGACCCACCUGUUUUUAACCAUAAUCAUGAGAAUGGGACUGUUCCUAAUGGCUACCCUGCUUUACAUCGAUCCAUUACUGAGGUUAAUGCCCCAAAAGUUAGGAAGGCAUCCAGACAUAUAGCCAGACUGAACAUGGGUGAAGCUAAAGAUGACAUUCAUGUGUCCAUCAUGUGCCUUCGUGCUAUCAUGAACAACAAGUAUGGCUUCAAUAUGGUAAUAGAACACACCGAGGCAAUCAACUGCAUUGCUCUAAGUUUGAAUCACAAAAGCUUAAGAACAAAAGCCUUGGUGUUAGAGCUUCUGGCUGCAAUCUGCCUGGUGAAAGGAGGACAUGAAAUUAUUCUGAAUGCUUUUGAUAAAUUUAAGGAAGUCUGUUCAGAAAGGAGAAGAUUUAAAACACUUAUGGAGUAUUUCAUGAACUAUGAAGAUUUUAACAUUGAUUUCAUGGUUGCCUGUAUGCAGUUCAUUAACAUUGUGGUCCACUCUGUCGAAGACAUGAACUUCAGAGUGCACUUACAGUACGAAUUUACACAACUGGGAUUGGACGAUUACCUAGAGAAGCUUCGACAAUGUGAGAGUGAGGAACUUCAAGUACAGAUUUCUGCAUAUCUUGACAACGUGUUUGAUGUUUCUGCUCUCAUGGAGGAUUCAGAAACUAAAAUUGCAGCAUUGGAACAGGUGGCUGAACUUGAAGAACUCUUGUCAAGAGCACACGAAGAAUAUCUAGAGAUGGAGAAUGAAUUGAAUGCAAGACUGGUGGAACUUGAAACACAGUUAGAAUAUAUUACCAAAGAGAAAAACGAACUGCAGGAACUGCAUCAACAAGCAGAUGAAGAGCUUAACACUUUACGUCUAACAGUUUCAAAGAAGGAUGAAGAGUCUCGUCAACGACAGAACAUGUUGGAAACAAAAAUCGAAGAACUUGAAAUUCAUCGGAAAACUCUACCCAAAGAGUCAGGAAUCUCUGGUUCAGGAAAAGAAAAAAUAACUGCUCCUAUACCACCACCUCCUCCUCUGCCUCCACCUGUGGCUCCCCCACCCCCUCUAGGUAACAGAGGUCAGUCAUUUGCAAUUCCACCACCACCACCACCAGGACAGAUGAAUUCUCCUGCUGAUGCCAUGACAAUCAAGAGAAAAUACCAGCCAAAGUACAAAUUACCCACCCUUAACUGGAUAGCACUUAAGCCUAACCAAGUGAAAGGGACAAUAUUUACUGAGCUGGAUGAAGACAAGUUGUACAAGCUUAUCGACUUCUCUGAUUUUGAGGAACAUUUCAAACUGGGUCAGCAGGGUGGCUUUUCUGACCGUACAGAGGACAUAAACUGCAGUAAACGUUUCAAGGUUCCAGAAAAAAUAACUAUGCUGGAACACAACCGCUUACGAAAUAUGGCCAUCUCUCACCGUAAGGUGGAGCUCUCGUGUGAGGUAGUGGUUCGAGCGAUCAAUGCUCUAGACUUAAAGACACUAACUCAAGAGUAUGUAGAAAUACUGCUGCGAAUGGUGCCAAAUGAAAAAGAAGUAAAAGCUUACAGAGAAUAUGAGAAACAAAGAAAGCCAGUGGAUGACCUAACAGAUGAAGACAAGUUUCUUUUGUCGGUAAUUAAAUUCACUCUUUCUAAAGUGUAUG